AUGGCCAGCUUUCUGCAGCUCUUGCUGGCCUGGUUGGGAGGCUGCGGCUGUGCGGGCCGGCUCGUGCCCCCCAGUCAGGGAACGAAAGCCGGAUCCUUCCGAGGAAAUGUGUCUCAGCGUUGGGAACGACCCCUGAUGAGAUCCCGCCGGAGCUGGGUCUGGAACCAGUUCUUUGUCAUUGAGGAGUAUGCUGGACCAGAACCUGUCCUCAUUGGAAGGCUUCACACGGAUGUGGACCGUGGCGAGGGCCGCAUCAAGUAUGUGCUGACCGGAGAGGGGGCAGGCACGGUGUUUGUGAUUGAUGAGAAGACGGGCAACAUCCAUGUCACCAAAACGCUGGAUCGGGAAGAGAAAGCCCAAUAUACUUUGCUGGCUCAAGCUGUGGAUCGGGCAUCCAACCGGCCUUUGGAGCCACCGUCUGAAUUCAUUAUCAAAGUUCAAGACAUCAAUGACAACCCGCCCAUCUUCUUGCAAGGCCCCUAUCAUGCCACCGUGCCGGAGAUGAGCAAUGUGGGCACGUCCGUGAUCCAGGUGACGGCUCACGAUGCAGAUGAUCCAGCCUACGGGAACAGCGCCAAGCUGGUCUAUACGGUACUCGAGGGGUUGCCGUUCUUCUCCGUCGACCCCCAGACGGGCGUGAUUCGUACGGCAACCCCCAACAUGGACCGGGAAACGCAACAGGAGUUCCUCGUUGUGGUGCAGGCCAAAGACAUGGGGGGGCAUGCAGGAGGGCUGUCUGGAAGCACCACAGUCACAGUCACACUUAGUGAUGUCAACGACAACCCACCCCGCUUUCCACAGAGCUCCUACCAGUUUUCUGUGGUGGAGAGUGCGCCUCCUGGCUCCGCAGUGGGACGGCUGCGGGCACACGACCCUGACGAAGGAGAGAACGCGUUGCUAGCCUACAGCAUCCUGGAUGGAGGAGAUGGAGCCGAGGCUUUUACCAUCCACACCGAUGCGCUGGGGCAGGAUGGAAUCAUCACUGUACGGAAGCCCCUCGACUUUGAGUCCCGCCGCUCUUACACCUUCCGAGUGGAGGCCACCAACACACUGAUUGACCCUCAGUACAUCCGUAAAGGGCCUUUCAAGGAUGUGGCAACAGUCCGUAUUGCAGUCGAGGAUGCCGACGAGCCUCCAGCGUUCUCACGACCUGAGUACCGCCUUGCGGUCUACGAGAAUAGCCCUCCGGGGACCCUCGUGGGCAAAGUGACUGCUGUGGACCUUGAUUCCCCAAGCAGCGUCAUCCGAUACUCUAUCUUGCCGCACACGGAUCCGGAGCGCUAUUUCAGCAUCAACCCCCAGGAUGGGACGAUUCUGACUUCGAUGCCUCUUGACCGGGAGGUGAUGCCCUGGCAUAAUUUGACAGUGGUGGCAACAGAACUUGACAGCCCUGCACAGGUCUCCCAUGCUCAAGCGGCCGUCCAAAUCCUCGACGUCAAUGAUAACCCACCCCAACUGGAGCACGGUUACGAGCCUUUUCUGUGUGCCAGUGCUGCUCCUGGUCAAUUGAUCCAGUUGAUCCGGGCCGUAGAUCGGGACGAGGAUGGAAACAUGAGCCGCAUCAUCAUCCGCUCCCCACUUGGGACAAGGGAACCCAACGUCACCGUGCGAGAUAACAAGGAUAACUCUGCUUCUUUGCUUCUCCGUGCUGCUCGUCUACCUGCACAAGGGGGGUCCUUGCUGGUGCCGCUGGAGCUAGUGGAUGGCGGCUCCCCCACCCGCACCGGCUCCCCUACUCUGACUGUCAGCAUUUGCCGGUGUCGACGUGACGGGGCCAUGCACUCGUGCGGGCCUGAAGCCCUGGGAUCUCCCGCUGGCCUCAGCACAGGAGCUCUACUUGCCAUCCUUGCCUGUGUUGGCACUCUUCUUGCGCUGGUGUUGCUGUUUAUCGCCCUCCGGAGGCAAAAGCAGGCGGCCCUGUUGCCCUUCGAAGAAGAAGAUGUCCGUGAGAACAUCAUCACUUACGACGACGAAGGUGGGGGUGAAGAGGACACCGAGGCCUUCGACAUGGCUGCCUUGCAGAACCCAGACGCCGCCCCGCCACCACCGCAGCAGCGUCGCCUCCUCCGCCGUGAUGUGCUGCCCCGCCCUCAUUUCCCACCUUCCUUGGCCACCCGUGUGCCCCCACAGCCCCAUGAUGUGGCCAGCUUUUUGGCUGCCCGCCUGAGCGAAGUGGAUGCUGACCCCUCGGUCCCUCCCUACGACUCCAUCCAGGUGUAUGGCUACGAGGGGCAGGGCUCCUCUGCGGGCUCCCUCAGCUCCCCCAGCUCCUCAUGUGCUGGCGACAGCGAGGCAGGUGGAUAUGAGUACCUGGAAGAAUGGGGGCCGCUCUUCCGAACACUGGCUGAGCUGUACGGGGCCCCGGAAGGGCCACCCCCAACUUGAAAGAAACCAUGGGGGGGCACCUCUGUGGAACGGCACUGUCUCCAAUCCCUCUCGGUCCCUCUUGUGUUGAUUAUUCUUUUCUCCCUUUCGGUUCAUUAACUUUUUUGUUCUCUGCUGAACUUGUCCAUUGGAGAACACUUUUUCUUUGUCAUGCUUGUUUGCAUUGCCUCGGACUCUUCUUCCUAGUUUCUGUGUCAUCCUCAUUUUUUCCUGUCUCUCUUCCUACCGUUGGUUUGCUAUUGUUACUAUUCAAGCUCUUCA